AUGCUUAGAGGCUCAGACCUCGAAGGCUUCCGAAUCCCGGGUGUUGCUGAUCGGAUCAUAACAAAGCUGUUUGCAGAUGACACAACAGUGUACCUAUCGCAAAAUGACUCUUUCGAGAGGCUGCAAGAGAUCUUACAACUUUGGUGUAGCGCCUCCGGGGCGAAGUUCAAUGUUGCGAAGACUGAAAUUAUCCCAAUAGGGACACCUGAAUACCGCGAACGGGUAUAUACAACUCGAAAACUCAACACCGAUCAACAGGCGAUCGCAGAUAAUAUACACAUCCUUAGGGAUGGAGAGGCCGCCAGAAUACUCGGCGGUUGGAUCGGAAACAAUGCAGACUGCGAGGCCCCGUGGUCGACGGUGAUCGAAAAAAUAGAUCAAAACCUGAGGCGCUGGGGACGCUCGCACCCAACAAUGGAUGGACGAAAACUCAUCGUCCAAAUGAUAGUGGGCGGCAUGACUCAAUAUCUAACCAAGAUACAAGGGAUGCCCAAAAAUGUCGAGGAUCGGCUCGUAAAGAUAAUCAGAACAUACAUGUGGGAUAGCGCAAGUGUCCCAGCAGUAUCCCUGGAGACCCUC